AUGACGGCCAUGGUGGUUUAUAAUGUUAAACAAGAAGGUAUUGGUCGUGCCAUUGCUAAAAUGUUAGUGACAUGUGGAGCUAAGGUGUAUGCACUAAGUAGAACACAGUCUGAUUUGGACAGUCUAAAAGAGGAGGUACCAGGAAUAAGUACUUUAACAGUAGACCUUGUAGACUGGGAUGCCACGACUAAAGCUGUUGAAUCAAUUGGUCCGGUUGAUCUAUUGGUAAAUAAUGCUGGCUUUGGCAUUGUUCGAGCAUUCAUAGAUGUAACACAAGAAGAAUUUGAUGAGACACUGAACAUAAAUUUGAAAGCAGCUAUGCACGUGGGACAGAUUGUGGCUCGUAGUAUGAUAUCAAAAGGAACUGGUGGAAGCAUAGUCAACAUAUCAAGCCAAGCUUCGUUGAUGGCUCUCACAGGUCAUGCAGCUUACAGUGCUUCAAAAGCUGGACUCGAUAUGCUCACAAAGACAAUGGCACUAGAACUGGCAACCCAUAAAAUCCGAGUCAAUUCAGUGAAUCCAACUGUUGUACUAACAGAAUUAGGUAAACGUGCCUGGGCGGAUCCUGUUAGAUCAGAAAGUAUGACAAGUCGUAUUCCAAUGAACAAGUUUGCAGAGGUGAAAGAUGUUGUCAACGCUGUUAUUUAUCUUUUGAGUGACAAGGCUGACAUGAUUACUGGGAGUUGUUUACCGAUUGACGGUGGAUUCGUGGUGGCAGGAGUUUGA